AACAGUAUGAUGUUUGCAGCCCAUUUUUCUGGUCCAAGCUAGUUACAAAGGAUUUUGAGAAAUUGGUAACAUUCAUAAAUUUCCAAGCUCUAUUGCCUCCCUGUCACUAACUAUUUCUUGCCUAAUAUAUCUUGGUUUCUUCCUAAGCAGAAAUCAUGGUUAAAAUCUGCACUUCAGAGGAGAGGGGUAGCCCUAGAUCGCAUCAAGUACCUAUUUCUCUUUGUGUUUGAAUCCUCGAGACAACACUGGGGCCUGAUUGUCAUAUAUAGGCCUUCCAGUGGAAAGAGUGCAACUACCACCAUGUACUUGAUGGAUUCACUGGAAAAGGACAACUCAGACUGUGUUUUUGAUAUUGCUGAAAGCUUUGUAACAAAUGUGUUGGGUGGCGAUGGCCAAGAAAUCAAGAGGGAUGUAGUUGAGGUUUCACAGCAGGAGGAAGCCGACUAUGCCUUCUUUUCUUGUUAUAAUAUUCAGCAAGUCAUUACAUGUGUCCAUGCAGCUCAGUUGGAAGACAUUGUUAAGGGCAUAAAUAGGGAUUGGUAUCCACCCGAAAGUGCUGCUGCAUUGCGACAAGAACUGGUCAAAUUGAUUGAGCAGUAUCAUCUGAGGUACAAACCAGUAGGAACUUGCCAAUGUGGAAGACAUUAUACUGUGGUGCAGAAGUUUGGACAUACUUUCCAUGCCUAGGACUCUGAUGGUCUAACUGUUGAUCAAGGAGUAAACAUCUUUCCUGAAGCUGAUCCAUGUGCAUAAGCUGUAUCUGGCUCGUAGAAGCACGGAAAUGAUACUUUUGCUAUCCCAUAUUUUGGAACAUGUGCUCUUCGAAAGUGUUACACUUAACCUUUAUCGUCGCUUAGCUUGGUGCUAGUAACUCAGGUUUCUAUUUGUUGGGAACUCUGGAUCUAUGUGCUGUAACUUGUGGUUGGCUGUACGUCUUCCAACUUGUGA